CGGAAACCAUCGUGACCCAGGCUCGUACAGACAGGCAACAGGCCCAAGUCCUGCGAAGGAAAGAGAAGGGAGAACAGUUUCAAUUUGCUAGCAACAAGCAUUCAAAUCUCCCUGAUUCCCAGACACAAUGGCUGACGAAAGGAAAACUAUACUCAUCACCGGAGCCGCUGGGUUCAUUGGCCAGCGCCUUACUGCGACUCUCCUCGACAAACACCCGGAGUACCGGCUUGUCCUCACGGAUAUUAUUGCGCCGCCCAUCCCAUCACGCGUACAGAAUGCUGAGAGAGUAGUCCCCAUUCAAGCCGAUCUCAGCGACCCGGCCUCCCUCGCGAGUCUCAUCGCCGCCGCACAGCCCCUGGAGGCUGUGUUUGUCUUCCACGGCAUCAUGUCCUCGGGCUCCGAGGCCGACCCGAAUCUGAGCCUCAAGGUGAAUCUCGACGCAACGCGGGCGCUGCUCCUCAAGCUAUCGGAGACCAACAGGGGGGUUCGGGUCGUCUACGCAUCCAGCCAAGCAGUGUACGGCACGCCGCUGCCGGGCGUCAUCACAGACGCUGUAACGCCGACGCCUGCCGGUGUCUACGGAACGCACAAGCUAAUGACCGAGAUCUUUAUCAACGACCUACACCGUCGAGGCCUGAUUGACGCGUUCUCGCUGCGCUUCCCUACCGUCUCCGUCCGCGCGGGCAAGCCGACCCAGGCGGCUAGCUCGUUCCUGUCGGGCAUUAUCCGCGAGCCCAUGAACGACGAGGAGUGCGUGGUCCCCAUCAAGGACCGGAGCUACCGCGCCGUGCUGUCCGGGCCCGGGACCCUGACUGAGAACCUGCUGCGGGUCUUGAAGCUCCCUAGCGACGCCCUACCGCCUCAUAUUCGCUGGAUAAACUUUCCUGGUAUCUCUGUUACAGUGCAGGAACUGUUGGAUUCGUUGGCAAAGGUUGGCGGGGAGGAUCGGCUCAAGUAUAUCAAGGAGGAAACUGACGUCAACAUGGAGAGGAUCCUGAGGAGCUGGCCUUUGCAGGUCGAUGACUCUGCCGCCGUCAAACUCGGAUUAAAGCGAGAUGAGAGUGCAGAGAGCCUUGUCAGGGAGUACGUUGAGUCGAUUAGAAAGUAG